ACAGCCCCUAAAAUAUGGUCUUGAUGUAAACUUUGAAAGUCAGAUAUGCUUCCAGUAACAUUGUUGACAGCAUUACAAUUACAAUAUAGUUAUCAAAAGAACCUUGAAUUUAAAAAGCUUCCGAAAAAAAUGAAAAUAAUCAAAACUGGCUAAAUUGGCCACACAAACACUCUUGAACUAUAGUGCUGCAAAUAUGAGUGGUGUGAAAAUUUACUAAUAUAUUCUAGAAGAGUGGCAGAGUGGAUAUUGGCACUGGUGUCUCAUACUUCCCGGGCUGUGAGUUUGAAUACCACCUCUGCUGUACAGCGGGGUGGUGCAUGUUCUCACCAUAUCAGGCAGGAAUCCCCCAACUACUCUGGACAUGCAGUUUAGCUGAGUGACAUCAUUUAUAUGUCUACAGUGUAUGAUUGGGUGCAUCUAUCUCCCCUGCAAUGGCCUGGCCAUCCCAUCCAGUGUCAGGGCUGGGGUACAGCCUUGUAUCUCCCCUCCAAUGGCCUGGCCGUCCCAUCCAGUGUCAGGGCUGGGGUACAGCCUUGUAUCUCCCCUCCAAUGGCCUGGCCGUCCCAUCCAGUGUCAGGGCUGGGGUACAGCCUUGUGCCUCCCCUCCAAUGGCCUGGCCGUCCCAUCCAGUGUCAGGGCUGGGGUACAGCCUUGUGCCCUGUGCUGCUUAGGAUAGGCUCCAGGUCCACCGAGAUCCUGACCAGAACAGGACGAUGGAAGUUGGGUUCUGCCUGAAGAGCUACUUGCUCUUUAUUCAUACUGUGGUAAUGUGCAGCGCAAAUGACAGACUGACCAAAUAGAACAUCUGUACAGGUUUUACAUGUAAAAACCUGAAGGUCAUUCCUGUUAGAUAGAAACAUCAAUGAGACAUCCUCUGCAGCCAGGCUAGAUAUCUAUUAUACCGUUUACCAACAUAUCAAUUGAGUUUAAGCUGUUCAUACAAAGAUUUGUUGUUUACUUUGGGAAUCCAUGGUGCCCAACAUCUUAAAUCAUCGCAAAUAUUCUAGUGUCAUCAGCAGCAUUUUACAAAGUUUGAAUCAUAACAGCAGGCAGACUGACUCCUGACCAUUCUGCGAUCAAGACUGAUUUUCAACUGCUGAACUACUGCGUUUUUUACAGAUUUAUUUUGGAUUUAAAUCUACAUGAUGGAGGACCCUCAGGUUACAGCGAAUCAAGAGGCAGAACGGAGGCAGCAGGAGGCCCGGCAAGAGCGCCGAGCCCUAAAUGCAGCGGAUCUCCCGGAUCUUCAACCCUUACCCCCGAAAGAUCCCAUAGAUCCAGCCUUGGAGGCUCUUUGGGAGGCCAGGAGGAUGGAGCCGCUGAGGAUCCACGGGCGCAGCGUGGAGGAGCACAGGGAGAUGUACCGCCGGCUCGUGGAACCAAAGCUGCUCUACCCUUCUGGCCGGCCUCGACCCUAUUCCCUCGAUCUAGGGCGCAGGAUAAAGCAGCGCCUGUGGGUUGCCGUCUCCUACCCGAAAUUCACCGAAUUGGUGGGAGACGAAAAUAUAAUUGACGUCGUGGAGACCUCUGGCAACCCGGGGCUGAAGGGUUAUGCCCCCCUGAUCGAGGUGGAUGUGUGGGACGAGCCCCCGGCCACAGAGCCUCCAAGGAAGAGAGCGAGACAUUAGUCCCUGCUCCAUGUAUAUAAUGUAUAUAUGUAAAUAAUUGUAAAUAUAU